AUGGCUGUGGUAGACAGCAAGUACAAGUUUGUGCUUAUUGACGUCGGUGCAGAGGGACGACAAAGUGAUGGCGGCAUUUUCAAGGCCUCCGAGAUUGGUCAGGGCCUAGAUCAAGGCACACUCAACCUGCCGAAGCUGGGAGUGCUCCCAGGGUGUCAAAAGCCACGCCUGGCACCUUACGCAUUUGUGGGCGACGAGGCGUUUCAGCUUCGCACCGACUUUCUCCGCCCAUAUCCGGCGAAAGGUCUUGCUGAUGAGAGGAGGGCCUGCAACUACAGACUCAGUCGAGCUCGAAGGUGUGUGGAGAAUGCCUUUGGGAUCAUGUCCGCCCGGUGGAGAAUUCUCCUCCGGACAAUCAACCUCCUGCCAGAGAACGUCGAUUACGUCAUCAAGUCCUGCGGUGUCCUGCACAACUUUCUCUUGGUACACAGCGAACACCCAGCAGCCUAUGCUGAUCAGGACGACAACAUGGGAAACCCCACGGCAGGAGGGUGGCGCCGCGAGAUCCCAGACUCAGCGAGGGAAUUGCUGUUUCCGCUGGAGGCCACACGUGCACGGAACUUUGGCGAUGAUGCAGACUUCGCCAGGAAGAUGUACAUGUAUUAUUUCUGUAGUCCUGCUGGGGAGGUUUCCUGGCAGUGGGACCAGCCUGGCGUGAACAAACAGGUUGCACGAAGAAACCUGCGAAAGCUCGGAGUCCAUGUGAACCUCAUGGUAUCUCGCACGAAAUACAUCUGUUCGAAGUGCGGCCACGACAUCGGGUCUUCGACGUCGUCGGCGCCGGCACCGCUCGUCCUGGUUUUCUUCAUGUCGCGCAGCAAGCGCACCAGCUUGUCCCGGAGAGAUCUCCAACGUUUCUGGACUUUGUCCACUAAAAUAAAAAGAAGACUAAGAUUGAGGUGGGCACUUUCGUUGGUGAAAGUGAAAUGCCUACAGAAAGUUUUCUUUACCUUGGUCACCAGGAAGGCUGCGGAUGAUACGGAGCCGCCCGAGCCUGAAAUGAAUCCCGUGCAGUUCUGUUUCCUUCACAAAUUGACGACAAAGGAAACACGAGCCGCGGUCGCUUACGAGGACCCGAGGGACUCCGUGUCGAAGAAUAACUUGUCGCAGGAAUUGAACAACAUGACCGACCGCGGUAUUUGGAACUGGUCGUAG